AUGCUUUCGUCUACAUAUUUCGAAGAAUUUAUACAACGUAUCAAGUCCAAAAUUGAGGAAGAGCUAAAGGCUUCCAGCGUUUCUGUACCAGUCGCUGUUCUACCAUCGAAGGCACCCGACCCUUUGACCGCAGGCAACAUCGACAGCAUCAUCCCCUUGUUACUAACGGGACUGCAAAAUAAGUACAGACUACACGUACUGUCCAUCCAUUGGAAGCAGGACCUCCGCAAGAUCAGCAAGGCCACUUUCGAUAGGUGCGAGGCGAACGUCAAAGAUGCUAUUGACUCGUUCCUGCCUCCGAAAUGGGAGGGCAAGGACGAAGAAGGUCCAGCUCUGCGGAAAGAUGAUGAGAAAGCAGUGGAGAAGUGGAACGAGGCAUGGGCCAGGGAAAACGCAGGGGAGGCACAGAAAUGA